UCGCGUUUAUAAUGGGCGAACUUAUCACGCAUACGCCGUGUUGUGCGUCGAUGGCUUAUUACGAUUCGAAUUGUCAUCGAAAGUGAAGCGAUCUUUCUCUCCUCUUUCUCUAUCUCUAUAUCUUUAUUGCAUUUGCACUUUUCUCGCUUUUCCUUGGCCCGCACAUUCGCAUAAAUUUUCCGCUGCAGCGGUCCGCAUCAUUAUAAAAGCCUCGCCUCGCCAGCUGGCCGCUAACAAUCCCAGCUGAGACUCCGUCGCGCCACAAUGUCAGCGGUGCCACAAGCACGAUCCCGUCAGCAUCGUCAUCAUCAUCAUCAUCAUCAUAAGAAGCACUACACGAUCCAUUCGAACCACCUCAUCCAAAUGGGAUCAAUCAUCUUUAGCCAACGGCAGUGGUGCAUAUGCCUGCUGAUUAUCAUGUCGACUCUUUGCAGUGCUGUUUCAGUAACCUCAGGCACAUCGGGAAACAGUCGCCGCCGAUCAGGAGGAACCCUAGGAGCAGGUGCAUCCUCACUUGAGGAGACUGAUGGCAAGAAAAUUCCAGAUCAGCUAGCUUUGGCAGCCAGUCGUCGCGGGUCAGAUGAACGUGGUUACUCCAGGCGAGGAUCGGUGAUACACAGCAGAUUAAAGGAGGCGGACAGCAAAGAUUAUAGCUACGGCCAGGUGGAACUAAAUCUCGUCCGCCCCGAGCAAGAAUCGCAUCCGAAACUCAUACUGAGCACCACGACCGCAGCAUCCGGAUCGGGGGCGACCGGAGUCAAUCUUGAGGAUUCCCAAUCCGCAGCCGAGUACGUGGCCAAUGCCAUCAAGUUGGCCUACAAUCAGCCACCGGUACAGAUUCAGCUCAAGAAUCCGAACCAGAAUCUGAACCAAAACCAGAACCAUAAGAAGCUGCAGGUUUCCACGCAGAGGAGUUACCAAGAGCAGCGGAGGGAUAAGGAUAGGGAGCUCCAGGAACUGCAAAGGCAAAAGGAACUUGAACAGCAGGGAUUGAUCCUAGGCUCAGGACCCUCGUCUCCAUCCUCCUUGGGAUCGGAAUCCUCUUUACCACCCUCAUCGCCCUCUUUAGCACCAGCUCCUGUGUACGAAAAGGAACCCGUCACACGGAGCUAUGAACUCUAUGAACCCUCCACCGAAGGGGAAUCCAAUGUCCAUAUCCAGGGACCAGAGCCAGACAUCGAACGUCACUUCCGUCCCAAAUAUAACAACUACAACAACAACUAUGCCCAAUAUCAGCCACCGCAAAUCUACAGAAAUCUCGAAGCCGAGGCCGAGGAAAAAGUCAGGGUAUCGGCCUCAACGGAAAUUCCUAAAUCGGAGAUUAUGAAACAGAUUGAAAAGAGUGUGAUUAAGUAUAUGAAGGAAUUGGAGGCAGAGGGUAAAAUCCUAAGUACCCUUCAAGAGCCGGCCACGCCCCCGGCACCACCACCUCCGCCACCGCCGCCCUCAAUCGCCAAGACCACCUACUAUAAAUCGCAGCCACUGCUUUCAUCUGGUGGUAUCCACCAUUCCGGAACUAUAACCUCUACCCAUUCGGAGGAAAAACGCUACAGCAGCAGCACAGUGCGGCCCAAAUUUACGGCACCACCAACGACGACGAAGCAACAGCAGUUGCAUCACCAUCAUCAGCAGCAGGUGCACCACCACCCACAGCACCACCACACCCACCAAAUAGGUGGAAAAUUAAGGAGUUCCACGUUGGCUUCAAAGCCCCUUCAGCACUUUCAAUCGGAAACGGAAACAGCCUAUCAGGCACCUGAUUUACCCGUAGACGAACUGAGUCCCAAUGUGGAGUUUAUCUACAAGAUCAAGACUCGGGCUCCCCUGCAAACUGCCACAGUGAAAACCGUCUCAAAACCCUAUACUCUACCCCUCAAGAGCGCCGAUCAUUUUGAUCAUGGUGCGGCCUUAAAAAAUAUCGAAGAAUUCGAUUUAUCUCACGUAGUACCCACUCCAGAUCGGGUGGAAAGGGAAAGAGAAAGAGAAAGAGAAAGGGAGAGGGAACGUGAUUCACGGGAGGAUCAGGGCCGACUUAGCAACUCUGGUAAAGCCCACAAGUUGUAUUUCAAUUCGGAAAUCUAUCACGACAUAAAUUCAUUGCCCUACAAAAGCAAAGAGGCAGCUGCUUUGCAGGAAUAUCGAAGCAAGCUCAAGGCAAGCGGGAGCCCAUCAUCUGGAGAACUGCAUCCAGAUUACAAGGGCUAUGCACCCGGUUACUUUGCCGAACCGGAAGCAGAGGUGGAAAAUGAUUCCAAGGUCAUUCUGAAUGAAGAGGGAGGCUAUCCCUAUCAUUAUGUGCUGAAAAAGGAAACUCUUUUGGAUGAUCAUGAUCCAUGGUUGGAGCAACAGCCUCUGCGCCUCGCCCACGCCCACGCCCACACGCACAGCCACGCCCACAACCCCAACAAGCAUUCGAGUCUCGAAUACGAUAGCUACAGUCCGAAAUUCAAUAACAAUCCUGAGGGUUACGGCUAUCAGCAUACCUACAAGGUCAGAGGUCAGGCGGGAGCCGUGGGCGUUUUAGGUGGAGUGGCUACAGGUGCUGGGGCUGGUGGAAAGCGCGGAAAACGGGGGGGCGGUGCUCAUCCCAGACAAGAGGCGAUCAAGAAGCAACUGCGGGCAUCGGAGGCAAAGGAUUUGGAAGCCAGUUUGGCCCUGAGGCCACCGCCCAAAUAGUUAACCAUCUAUUAACGAUUACAUCCCUAAAUUCGAACACCCUCGUAGCUGAUUUUUUGCCAGAGUUCCGUGCAUGGUUGAUUGUAUAUGUUUUUUUUUUUGUAAGAAUCUAAGACUAUUAUUAUUUAUUG